UUUCGUUGAUUGUUUAUGUUGUCGAACUUCACAACUUUGAACUUGUGAGGAAGGCGAGCGGGUCACAUCUUGUCCACACGAACACCAAGACACACCUGUUGGGCGCUGAGGGUCCCAUGAACGAAAGGUGAAGCUUAAGAGGUGAUCUGAUUGAAGAAUGCAAAUGGUUGAGAAAGAAUAACAGGAGGAUAUUAACCCUCAGAAUAUUGGGCCUCUUAGAGUGCCAAAAACAGCAUUAUGGACAGCAUUCGUGUGUCACAAGUGGAGCAGCUGAGUUUAGACCAAGUUGCCAAGAUUGUUCCCGCUGGCUACAAACACAUUUGUAUUAACGAUGCACAGUCCGGCAUGCAGGAAUCUAAAACAUACAUCGUUGGUGUCUUACAAGACAACCAUGAGAAGUUUGUACGCAACAGUAGGAUGAAGAAGCGGAUGACUUUGCGAGAAGUUCUGCUGGAUGGGUCACAAGGGCUUCAGAUAGAUGUGUUCGCUUACAGCAGGCAUGCCGAUGUAGUCGACGAAUACCUCAAAGGCGCUAACAGUGACGCCAAAAUCUGGCUCGUGUUUGCUCAAGUAAGACUGGAGGAGUAUCACGGCCACCACCAGGAUGGGUGGUGCAAGUUCGGUCUGCGUGCAGGGGCCAAGGCAGCGAGCGAUGCCCAGGUGUGGUUCAUCACUCAAGUUUCUCCUGCCCCACUGCCACCGCCGGCAAAAACCCAAAAAUCCGCGCUUCCUGCGACUCACACGACAGUUCCGAUCGAACUGACCAACAUAAAUAACUGUCAUUAUGGCAAGAAGGUGAAUGUAUGUGCCGUGGUGAAGAACAUUGUGAAACAACCCGAGAUGACAAACAAGGGAACUUAUCACAUACUGUUAGCCAUAGUUGAUCCUUCCUGCCUGACUAAAGAUGCCAUUAGGGAAGAUCUCCUGCUUCACGUCUUCCUCAACGACGGUAACUAUCGUGAUCUUCCUGGAGGAGUACAAGCUGGUGACAUCUUAUUCCUCAAACUUAUGUUGUGUGAGAUGUUUAAAGACAACAUGCAUGGGAAGGUAUUUGACUCUAAGCAGGUAGUGAAAUUUUCUUCCGAUCCAUCAGCCCCCGUCACUCCCGUCACAACGAAUCCAAGAUAUAAAUUAACUGAUGACAUCCGCACACAAGUACUCACUCUGCGUGAAUGGUGGGUAAAGUCGAGGAACUUGGUGAAUCCCAACCCCUACGAACAGGCACACGCUGUGGGGCUAUCAUCACCAGAUGCAUCGUUUAUGCCAGAGUGCACCCUUAACGAGGUCACCGAGCAGAGGGCCUUCACACUCUAUUGCCAGGUUCUGGAGAAGCGGGCAGUGAAGGCUACUGCACAAUUUUUCAUCAUGCGAAUACAAGAUGGCUCGCCGACCCAGCUGCAGUUCACCCAAUUUGACUUGCAGAAUACCACAUUGGAACUCCUGUCACAGUCGGAGUGCUAUCGAGGCAUUGGCUCGUACGAGGUGGAUGUGCUGGUCAUCAAUCCCACUAAAGCUGCGAUCCUCGCCGAGGCUGGUGAAUUCAUCCAAAUGAAGAACGUAAGAUGUCUUGAAAAUCGUACCAAAGGAAAGGGAGAUUUUGACAACCCAAUGUAUGAGUUGUUGUUUGAUGGCAAAGUGGGCGAAAUGGUGCAGCUGCCUCGCAUGCACUCGGAAGUCUGCAAGAUCUUGGAGCGGCUAGCCAGGAGUAUGGAACAUAACGAAACGCAAAGCUUCUCUCCAGAAAAUGACAUGCCAACCUUGAGGCCCCCGCUGCACAAGCCCAGUCCUAAUCGCAUCAACACCCAUCCGUUUAGCACAAAGGUGACGGCUGGCGUCGGUGGGUGGGCCGGUCUGACGUCACAUCUCGGCAGGUCAUUAGCGGCUCCAACUGGCUCCUCCUUGCUGCAGUCCUCCGUCCACUCCUCGCCUAAGCUGCCGUCACACACCGACUCGAUGGAGAGAUUCAUUAGAGAUUUUCAGUCGCAGAAUGACCCGUUGAGGUCGCAGGCAACGCAAGAAAAUGCCAAAGAAUCCUCAUACAACAGUCACCCGCACAACACUCUGGCAAGGCUCGAAAGAAAUGUCUUGCCAGAGGAUAUAGCUGAUGAAAGCAGCAUAACAUUUCCCCCGGACCUGCCCACCAGCACCCAGCACUCUCCACAGCGUUCACACCAGGAUGUAAACACCAGAAGUAACGCUUCCCCUGGAGUAUCAAGAAAUUCGGUGACUUCUGAAGAAUUUUACGACAGGACUCAAAAUAAUUCAGGCCUCCCACCAGCAUCCCCGUCAGUUCUCUCGGGACAGAGUUCAGAUCAUAUGAGCAGCAUUGGGCCACAGACUACAAGCAAAACAGCAAAGCGGAAAAUUGACUUGACAGGCGAGGCUUCCAAGACAUUCAAUCACUCUCCGAGAACUAGGGAGACGGACAAUCAUUCUCCGAGAACUAGGGAGACGGACAAUCAUUCUCCGAGAACUAGAGAGACGGACAAUCAUUCUCCGAGAACUAGAGAGACGGACAAUCAUUCUCCGAGAACUAGAGAGACGGACAAUCAUUCUCCGAGAACUAGAGAGACGGACAAUCAUUCUCCGAGAACUAGAGAGACGGACAAUCAUUCUCCGAGAACUAGAGAGACGGACAAUCAUUCUCCGAGAACUAGAGAGACGGACAAUCAUUCUCCGAGGACUAGGACAGAGAAAGUUGAAACGGCUAUAGAUGGCGAGUACACUGAUACUACCAUCACGAAGCUGCUAGCGGUCAGCUCUCCAGGAACACUGUACAGAGUGCGUGCACAUGUUGUCAACUUGCAGUAUUUAGCAUCGAAAAAGUGCACCAACUGCAAGAAUGAGAGAGUGUGUGUGCACACGUGGGUGUGGGGCCUGUGCGAGACCUGCGGAGAGGUCUGGGAUUGCUGGCAGCUGCUCAGCUUACACUCCCGUAAAGAUUUGACGGCAUGCACGCUGGAUUGCUUUAUUUGUUCGCAGCAACUUACAGGAGGUCCGUCGACAAAAGACCGAGCUGCGACAUCAACGAAAGGUCGGGGAACAGUCGUUCCUCUUAUAAGACUUUUCCUUGUCCUCAAAGACCCUCAAACUGAGCAUGAUUGCUUGUUUCAUGUGUCUGGUGACAGCGCACAGGAAUUCUUGGGUAUGGAGCCCAAGUUUUCCUGGAUAAUCCAGAAUACAGACCAACAGCUGUCUGACUUGAUCAGCUGCUUUCUCAAUGUAGAACGCCUGUUGUAUUUUGGUGUGGAGAGAUGCGUGACAAGCCAAGAUUGUGUUCAGUAUCACAUCAGACACACCUCGCUCAAGCUGGUAGAAGAGUAGGGAUGUAGAGAAUAUUGGCCUUGAAGGAAGAUUAUUUUGUCUAGAUUCACUUGUACAUAUUGUUUUUGUAAAACAAAAAAUAAAUCAUAUGUGGCCCCAUGAUUUUUCUAAGAAAUGUCACGAUGUGAACACGUUACAAGAGCACACAGCCAUAUUUAUUUGUUUAAUAUGUACAGAUAUUGAGUACUGUGUGUAUAUGUUUGAAGGCUUAGGCAGACAUCAAUGUUUUAUCCACAGUUGUUAUCAUUUUGUUAGAUGUUUAUGCACCACAGAUGGAGGUACUCAUGCCCAGUGUUAUGGUUUGUUAUUUAUGCACCACAGAUGGAGGUACUCAUGCCCAGUGUUAUGGUUUGUUAUUUAUGCACCACAGGUGGAGGAAAGGAGUGAUAUCCCAGUGUUUUGAUUAGUGAUCUUCCUUAACAUGCAUUCUUUUAUGUCUCGGUACACGUUCAACUUGCGGAGCCCUGUAAUCUCUCCUUCCUUUCUCUGGUCUGGUAAAGGUCAGUUGUUAUUUACUUUCUCUGGACUUUUCUCCUGUGUAAAUUUCAUAUAGUGUUCUCUCUUUUCCUCCUUCAGUCUGUUUUCUAUCUUGUUUGUCAUUCCAACAUUUGUCAUGUUUCUCCCUGUUGUCUUUUUAAGCCAUUUCUUCAAUCUUUCUCUUCGUUCUUAUCUCUCUUCAUAACUCGCUUCUUUAUUUCACCUGCCGUUGUCCUCUCCUACCAUUGUGAGUACAGGUCCUAUGUUGUCACAUGUGUAUGUUACUAUAUUAUUACAAUAAAAUGUAUAUAAUACAGCAUAUGUUAAACCAGUGGGGUAUUUUUCUGAGGUAAUUUCGCUAUGGAUAUUUUCUGAUUCCCCCCAUAUGGUUAAACUGUAUUCAGAUAAUAUCUGCACUAAAUUCUGGAGUCCCUUUAUUAUACAAUGUGUAGUCUUGUGCGGUUGGUCAUUUGUGCAGCAUGUCACCCAUGCCUGUGGCAGGAAAAGUAAUUCAGCCACGUUACCUGGCGAUCGCCUUGCCAUGGUUGAGAGGCACAACAUCCUCACUGCCCAGUCUCUGACCAGGACUCAAGGUCUGGUCAACUGGGCUGUUGGACACGAUUGUUCGCUGCCUGACAUACGAGUAGCAAGGUUGUGUAACUUUUGUCGCAUUGUGGUCCAUAAGUAGUGCAUGGGAUCUGGGGUGACCCAGGAUGUCAGUUCCAUCCCGCUGUCCUGCUCCAAAGAUCCUAAUAUACAGUAUCACUUUGUGAUUUCAUCGUGUACAGAUAUUCAGCCGCUUUUAUUUAUCUUGUACAUAUUCCGCCUUGAUUUUCAAGUGCCCAAAUUUUGUAAAAAAAAAAAAAAAAAGGGGUUAGUGCUGUAUGUAUAUAAGGAACAUUAGUAUCAAAAACUGUAUAAAGAUAUCAAUAUCUAUAAGAGAAUGCCUGUCUGUCCAUUUAAGGUGUUAUGCCAGACAUUUUGGGCUAGUCUCACCUGAGUUUGCAGGGUGACUGGUGACAGGGAGGGGGAAGUGACCAACAUGGUUAGGUCUGUGUUGGCCCUAUUGCUGCUAGUACAAAGGGUUGGCUCUCCACAAAAUCAGUGGCGGAAAAAGGAGGCUAGCCGAGUCCCUAGAUUUACGCCGCUUUAAGCCACCUUUGCAAAUAUAAUGUACAAUGUGUAUUUCCCUCUCCUUCUGACCUCAUAUACACUUGAAUAUGCUGUAUUAUGGACUCCAUCAAAUAUUUUAAAGCAGCAAACCCAGUUUUUGUGUAUUUGGUGGCCAUAAUCUCAUUUGAAUUAGAUCACUGAUGACAAAUACAUGGAAAAAUGGCAUAGAUGUAAGUAAGAAAUGGCAUAUACGUGGAUGAAAAAUGGCAUACUGUAUACGGAAGUGAGAAUAGCAUAUAUAUGGAUGAGAAAUGGCAUGUAUGUGGAUUAAAAAUGGCAUAUAUGUGGAAAAAAUAUAUAAAUGGGGGAGAAAUGGCAUAUAUGUGGGUGAAGAAUGACAAAUACUGUACACACAAAAUGGCAUAGAUGUGAGAAAUGGGAUACAUAAAACAUCUUCCACAAACCCUUGUUACAAACACGGCCCGCAACCCUCACGGAAUGCUUAUUGGCUUGUAUGAUAAAGUUAAAUACAGGUAUAUGAUAUACUAUGACUAGGCUAUUCCCAUAGAACAAGAAGUAUUAGGGGGGGUUUGUGGGAUGUAGACAUGUGCAGGCCAGGUCUCAAUGCUUGCCUGUCAGUGACUGGUGAAGUGUGAGCCAGCUCCUUAUCCCAUCACCGCCUAGCUGUUUAUACCUGAGAGACUAGUUCUUUAUGCCCCGUCUCCUGGCCAUUUAUACCAAUGUCUCCUAGCUGUUUAUACCUGACAUGCUAAUUACCCCCUCAACAUUUAAUGUUUUCAUCAUUGUUACUGACCUAAAGAUAUAAAGAAGAUGCUUUUCAAUCAUCACUCUUGUGAAUAAUAUAUAUGACUGCUUAGAAUAAGAAGUUACUGUACUGUAUAACAGGAAUCAAUUGAUAAGUUGAUAUGCCUAGAAUGUUACAUGAACGAUCUUGGCUUUUGUAAAAGUUAUUUGAUAUAUGAUGUAAUAUAAUCAAGAUGAGAACAUUUUCUGUCAGACACAAAUAUAAUAAGAUUGAGAGUCGGCAAAAUGGUGAAUGUUGGCCUUUGACGCGCCUGUUUAGCAUGUUCGUCUGACGUGUUGCUCCUCCUAACUGGCACACGCUGCUGGCUGGCGUAGCUCUAAACCAUAUCUAUUACGCUAUAAUAAGAUCGCAGGUUUGUGCGACUUUUAUUGAUCCCAGCUCUGUACGUCGUGUUUGGGUUUCAGCUCUGUACGUCGUGUUUGGGUUCCAGCUCUGUACGUCGUGUUUGGGUUCCAGCUCUGUACGUCGUGUUUGGGUUCUAGCUCUGUACGUCGUGUUUGGGUUUCAGCUCUGUACGUCGUGUUUGGGUUCCGGCUCUGUACAUCAUGUUUGGAUUCCAGCUCUGUACAUCAUGUUUGGGUUCCAGCUCUGUACAUCAUGUUUGGGUUCCAGCUCUGUACGUCGUGUUUGGGUUCCAGCUCUGUACAUCAUGUUUGGGUUCCAGCUCUGUACGUCGUGUUUGGGUUCCAGCUCUGUACAUCAUGUUUGGGUUCCAGCUCUGUACAUCAUGUUUGGGUUCCAGCUCUGUACAUCAUGUUUGGGUUCUGGCUCUGUACUUGGCAUUUCCCUCAUACAACUUGUGCCUUGAAUACAUUAAGAUAGUACAGUACAGUACCUGCAUUAUCAUCACUUAAUAUAGUACUGUGCUACUGUUUUGGUAACUAAGAUUGUAAUCAUAAUGUUCAAAUUAUAUUGUCUUUUUUGUUAAGAUGUCUCAAGUUUAAACCCCAUUAUUUAUAGAACUUUUUCUUUUGGUAUCUUGCAUAUUAGUGCCUAAUGUUAAUUUUAACUGCAAAAUAUAUAUAAUACUCAUCACAUUGUACAUAAUGAAUGUCAUACAAAUAAAUAAAUAAAAGUU